CCAUUCGCUUAGCGUACACACGUGCAUUCACAGACUCUCUCUCUCUCUUCUUUCGUUUAGCGCCUUUCUAUUCGAGUUUGAAGCGAAUCAGCGCGCACUCGGCCAGACAAAACGUCACGUCUCUUCUGAACACGAAGGUGAUGUCAUCGUGAAAGUGCACACAUCUUUCCUGUAUUCACGUGUCCAACGGAGGACAAAAGAGGACGAAGAGGACAACAAGAAAAGGUCGUCGUCUAUUUCGAUUGAAUCAACAACAACAAAAAUGGGAAGGACCAAUUGGAUGAGGUGGCUCCUCUUGCUGGUGGCCGUGUCCGUCUCCACCGGCCAGCAGAACCACGUCGAUCUGCACGACGAUGACCACAACCACAAUCCCAUGGGUUGCGACUGCAUGGAAUAUUGGGCUUGCAUUACCAGUGGCGGCUCUGCCUACAGCUAUUGCGGCAACAUGGACCAGAGCGUGUGUUGCUACGUGCCGCGAGGCGCCCGUCCAAUCGGACUCUUGCCCGUUCUCAACAAGUCCAAGUGCGGACGCAAAGGAAACGUGGCCGCAGCCGUUGGCGAUCGCAAACGAAGCGACGGACUGGCCGAUUUGGGAGAAUGGCCAUGGCAUGCGGCCGUGCUGGAGAAACCGCAGGACUUGUACGUUUGCGGCGCUUCUUUACUGGACGAAUCGUGGGUCGUCACAGCUGCACAUUGCGUCGAUGAUUAUUUGGCGAGCGGCAACAUUAGCUCUGUGUUAAAGGUCCGUCUUGGCGAAUACGACGUCAGCGUGACGACCGAGCAGCUGGCCUACGAGGAGCUGGACGUCUCGCACGUUAUGGUGCAUCCGCAAUUCAACAAUUUGUCGCUGGCCAAUGACAUUGCUUUGCUCCGCUUCGUCCAGCCGGCAAGACGUCGACCUCAUAUCGACGUCGUCUGCAUGCCGCAUCCGGGCCAGGUAUCCGAAUCGGAAGGCACACGUUGCGUCGUCACCGGUUGGGGACGCAAGCUCGAAGAUGGCACGCAUUCGGUGAUUUUGAAGGAAAUUGAAGUGCCUUUGUGGGACGACGCCAAGUGUCAGGCGGCGUUAAAGACCCAAUUUGGACCUAAUUUCGUCUUGCCGUCCACGUCCAUCUGCGCCGGCGCAGAAGGCAGAGACGCUUGUGAUGGAGACGGAGGAGGACCUCUUGUAUGUGAAAAAGAAGGUCAGUGGUUCCAGGUGGGUGUCGUCAGUUUCGGCAUCGGCUGUGGGCGGACCAAUUUGCCGGGCGUUUACACGCGACUCUCGGCUUUCGACGGAUGGAUCCACGAGACGAUCCGCAGUUUCAAAACCCUGUCCGGUUAACAAAAUAGGCGGAAGGAGACGUCUGAGACAAAGCAAUUGAACAACAAGACAACAAACAACAAGGAUGAUUAAAUGAAUGAUAUUAAAAUGUUGACGUUUCAAAAGAAAGGACGAUGAAAAAAAAGACAAAGACAACGACGAUUUGUGGAAAGUUCUAAAUUCAAAUGCAAUUAUUAGUAUCCCAAUCGCAGAUGUUCGAAUGGGGUCAAUAUCGUUUCAUUUGAAUUCUUAGAAAGAGGUUAGGUUUUUUUUUUAUUAUUUGAAAUUUUUCUAUUACCCUAUUUUCUCCACUGUGAAAGCGAAUCUUUGCGGCCAAUUAUUUUGUCUGAAAAAAAAAAAAGGGAAAAUUAAGAAAAGGCGAUAUAAAAAAAAAAAUCAUAAAUUUAAUUAGGAACGGUGUGUUUCUGAUGAAGAUUUCACUCGCAGCCGCGUGAAGGAAAUCAUGUCACAUACGGAAAUGAUGAAAGAUGUUAAGGCGCAGGGCGCGUGCUGCAAAUUGGACGAAUGUGUGCGUUUCUCUCCCUGUUUUUAAAAAUAGAAAUUUGAUUAAAUAUAAUUUUUUUUUUUUAAUCAAAAAGGAAACCUAUUAUAUCAUAGCGUACGGAUUCUAUUCUGUUUUAAAAGGGGGAAAAGACCACUUGCUGUUUAUUUCAUUCACCAACGAAAAGAAAAACUUGAUUGUGUAAUCACAAGAUUUGAUUAUGUAUUUCCAUCCAUAAUUCUAUUUUCACUUUCUCUUUACCUCUUUUCUUUUCUUUUUUUUUUUUUAAUUCCCCCCCAUUCCCAUCCCAAAAUUGUCGUUAUUGAAAAUUGACCUUUUCUUUUUCCAAAAAACAAAUUUUAGUUUCCUCGGGUUUGCUGAUGUUGCGUGCGUGAACUUUCUUUUGGGUGCUGCGCUUCCAUAUUCUUUUUUUUUGUUUUGUUUUGUUUUAUUUCUUCUUUGUGUAUUGAUUCCUCUUACUCCCUCCAAUUCGAAUUGCACUGUAUAACUUGAAAUGAUUUUUUUUUUUCCAUUUUUUUUUUUUUAUAUUCGGCACUUGAAUACAGUGUCCCUGUACAGCCUACAAUCGAUCACAAGGUUUUUAAAAACACAAACGUUUUUUUUUUUUUUUUUAAAUAAUUUCUGAUGGCUCUUUUGUUGCCAACGUUCGCUAACAUGGAAAACGAACAUUGACGAGUUCAUUUUGCGUUGAUAUUUGACAUGCAGCUUAUAAAUACGACCUUGGCAAUAGCCUUCGUUGGAGGAGUGUUUUCUUGUUUAUUGAACGAAACGUUGUAACGAAAACAAACAUUCUGCAUUUCCUUGUUGGAUUCUUCUUUGCUUUUUAUGGUCCGGUUGACCAAUGUCGUCCUCCUGUUCCGGUCUUGUUUUCGGCCUUGGAAAGUCCUUCUUAUUCCGUCAAGAAGGGUCUCCAUUCUAAAUGCUUAUUCAGACGGGAUUUUUUUGUUUUAUUUUUUCCUGAUAUUUUUAGCUUUUUUUUUUCGUUUAAUCUUUAGAUCAGCAUAAUUUGAGAACAGGUUUAUUCUUUAAAUGGGCCCGUACACAGAGAAAUCGAUGUGAUUGAGAUUUGCAAUAGAAAUUCGCUUUUUUUAUGCACCAACACAACAACUUCAAGUUAUGUCAUGUUUACUUUUUUUUUUUUUUUCGCCAUAAGGCACGAGAGUAUAAACAACCACAAUGGAAAACCUGAUUUUUGCGAGAACUCAGUAUCCGAUUGAAGUCAAAAUGUAGACCUCAAACGCGGUUUACAGUUGGGUUUAAAAAAAGGCCUUUUCAUGGGCCAUAUGUUGGCAUCAAAUGGUAAGAAUUGCAAUAUCCAGCUGUGGGACAUUCCCAUUUCAAAUUUCAUGAAGAUCAGGAUGAUUUGAUUUGUUUUGCUGGGAGAGUGACUGACAGUUCUUUUCAAAACAACGGGUUUUAAACACCAUCUAGUGGAUUGGUUUGGGACUAGAGUGAUGUACAAGUAGGUACGGUACAUCACUCGUACAUUUACACCUAAAUGUACACACACUUUAAAUGACAUAGCAAAAACAGUAAAAUUAUAAUGUGACUCAUGGCUCAGUCCUCAGUGGUUGAGCAUCGGCCUGGGAUGCUGUAAUAUGAAGGCAGGCACCGUCCACCGGAAAACGGGAACUAAUUCUAAAGAACAUACGAUCGAAUUGAUUGCUGACCAUGUUUUUCGCGUAGAGUAUUCGGAGCUACACUUGGUGUCGAAUUGGGAGUAAGUCAGUUCCUUUUUCCUCCAUCAAUGCAUCCACGUUGGUUGUGCAUAAAACAUAAGUUACUUUUAUUGCAAACACGCCAGUGAACAUAAACGAAUGACCAGUUCACCACGUCGGAUUGUCCGUUCGAAAUGAAAUGCAAUCCCCCUAUGCCCUGCAUUAGUAAGAAUGGUCAACACGAAAUUAAAACUCGUGUAAUAAACUUCCUCUUUAAACAG